GAGCAGUGAUGCUGCCCAAACCCGGGAUCUAUUUCUUCCCCUGGGAGGUCAGCGCUGGCCAGGUUCCUGAUGGGGACACAGUGAGGACAUUUGGCAGGUUGUGCAACUACGACAUGACCCAGUCCCAAGUAACCCUGAUGGCUCAACUCAGAUCUGACCAGCACCCAAUCCUCAUCUGUACCAAGUUGGUGGAGCCGUUCCAAGCCCAGGUGGGCUCCCUCUACACUGUCCUUGGGGAACUGGAGCACCAGAAGGACGGAAGCUGCGUGGUGAAGGCCCGGGUGCUGACGUGUGUGGAAGGAAUGAACCUCCCCUUGUUAGAACAAGCCAUCCGGGAGCAGAGGCUGUACCAGCAAGAGAGGGACAGCGGCCAGUAGAGAGCAAACCAGGAGCUCCUGGGAAUGCCACCUUCCCGCCUGGCCGGAUGCUGGAGCUGCUGCAGAGAAGAUGCAGGAGCGUCCCCCGAGUGACAGCCUUUGUCUGGAGAGACGAGGGGAGGGCAGCCUACAGCUCUGAGGCCGGGUGCUGGGGCGCCGGGGCGCUGGGCCUCGUGUGGGUCCUGGACAGUUCCAGAAUGUCCCGGUGAAUAAAGCCUAGUGGUGUGACUGA